AUGUUGAGGUCCAUUGUCAAGGCUCAAUUGCCACGUUGCUCUCCGCUUGCCGCAAGAUCGUUCCAUGCCACUGCCACCAGGGCCGUCAAGGUCGGUGACUCCAUCCCGAGUGCUCCCUUGUACGAAGGUUCUCCUGGCAAUGAGGUCAAUUUGGCUGAGGAGAUCGGUAAAGCGAAAGCCUUGAUCAUUGGCGUUCCAGGUGCUUUUUCUCCUGCUUGCUCUGCUUCUCAUGUGCCUGGAUACUACAAGUUGCUCAGAGACUUCAAUGAUAAGGGCAUUACCCAUUUCUACGUUAUCGCCGUCAACGAUCCAUUUGUCACCAAGGCCUGGAGUGAGACCAUCUCCCACACCACGGGAAGCGACCAGGUGAGGUUUUUGGCCGACUCCAGAGGCGAAUUCUCCAGAGACUGGGACGUUCUCUUCGAUGCGUCCAAGGUGUUUGGUGGUCUGAGAUCUGGCAGGUAUGCCGUUUUGGUUGAAAACGGCAAAGUUGCAAAGACUUUUGUUGAGCCUGACAACACCUCUGUGGAUGUCUCUGCUGCCAGCAAGGUGUUGGAGAGCCUCGAGUAA